AAUUCUGAAUAUGAUUAGCCGAAGCCAAGCAUUGUUGUCUUGGCCGAACAUGAGAAGAAACCCUCAAGAAACUCCCUACCGACGACGAAUCAUCACCUCAUCAAUGUAAUAUACUCUCGCUCGCUGUACAAACUCCAUCACCAGCAGCAAACGUUGUCGAGGAGGACACUGUAAUACAUGGGGAAUUGCGUGUUCAAAGGAUUUGGACUUCAUGUAGAAGAUAUGAUAAAAGUGGUCACAACAAAUGGAGGAAUCAUGGAGCUCUACGCACCCAUCACCGCCGAGUGCAUAACCAGUGAGUUCCCUGGCCACGCCAUCUACCGUAGUCGCGACCUAUUCUCUUCACCUCUCCUCCACAACGAAGAGCUCCAUGGCGGCCAUCUUUAUUACCUUCUUCCUCUCAACACCAAUAAAAACACCUCCACUUCUUCAAAUUCUAAAAACAGCUCCAUAAAUUCUACUUCUUCGUCGUCCAAACUCACACCUUAUCGCAUGUCGUUUGAUAAUCAGAGGGUAGUAAAGCGAUCGACAGAAGCUGAGGUUUUUCCGAGGUAUAACAGUACCGGGGUUUGGAAGGUGAAGCUUGUGAUAAAUCCAGAGCAGCUGGCGGAGAUAUUGAUGCAUGAGGCACGAACAGAGGAGUUGAUAGAGAGCGUGAGGACGGUGGCUAAGUGUGGAAACGGGGUCUCUUCUUCAUCGGUGGCUAGUUCGGAUCAAUGGAGUAUUUCUAGUAGCUUGAAAUGAUCCACUGAGAAGGAUGCGUAUCCAGCAGUAUUGUAUUAAUUUCUACCUUAAUUAAUAUGUUUAUGUAAGUUUAAAGAAUAUAAUCUCUUUUUUAGUUUAAAACAAUA